UUUUUAAACUAUAGGGACUAAGUUAUAAUUAACUCUCUAAGCGAUAACGACUGGCUCUUCUGUCCCUGGAGUUUCAUUUUGCCGCUGUUCUGGCUCAGUUUCCCAACCAAAGAAGGAGGAGGAAGAAGCUGUCACCCUUGCAGCUGCAGAUCACCUGAAAACGGUGAAAGUGCUUGAAUUAUUUGCAGGAAAAUGCAUCCUCCUUUGACAUUACAUAGGCACCCGAUGUGUGUUGAAAUUAUUGAGCAGUUUCAAAAGUGUCAUUUGGACCAUCCUAUUGCUAAGUUCUUUGGUGAAUGCACAGAACUCAAAAUAAAACUUGAUCGCUGUUUUCGGGAGGAAAAAGCCGUGAAGCGUAAGGCGAAUUUUGAACAAAGCAAGAAACUUAAGGAAAGGCUUCAAGCAUUAAGGAAGGAAGCUGCUGAGGGAAGUCCUGAGAAGAGCAACUUUGUGUAAGCGUAAUUAUUAACUGGAAGAUGAAAUUUUGUCCGCUGGCUGCAACGUGAAUAUAAUGCAUAAAGUGAUUUAGUGUAUGACUGGACCCAUGCAUUGAACAAUACAUAUAUCACUGCAAGAUGGUGAAAGAAUUCAGAUGAUCCAUGGUAUAUUGUGGGCAAUAUAAUGUCAUAUUUCUUCA